GAAAACUACUACUGUUCUAAUAAAAAACUGUGCACGAAAAAGAAUGAAAUGAAACACGGAUCAUUCCUUUAACCUUUAAUUCGGAUUAUUAUGAAAUAAAAUUAAAGACCUGCUUAGGAAUGUAUGCUUAAAAACCUCUUACUUGUGCAUGGGAAUGUAAGGAUUUUGUAAAGUAAAAAUAACUAAUAAGUGACUACAGAAUAUAGUAUUGUGAAUAAGAAACAUGGAUAAGUAGUGAUUUGUUUGAUACACGUUCUAAUUGGACAAGUUUUAUGCGUUUUCCUUUGAUGUGAUUUUAUAAGAGCUUACGGGAGAUAAUUUAACCAUUGACCCGAUCAAGUGAUGCUUUUAAUUUUGGCUUUAAUCCAUACCUGAACCUAAUGAUUGAAAUUUAUGGAGCAUGACUUAAAAAAAAUAUAUGAAUUUCUGUGGCCAUUAAAGGUUUACUAUAAUUAUGAGAGACUGAAAAUAUUAUAAGGCUUUUUCAAGAGCAGACUCUUAUGUGAUAAGAUUUCGAGUGAUUUUGCCGAAUCUAAAUGUCUUCAUCAAAAAGAAAUACUAGUUUUACAAACGUGACAAACUUUUCUCGAAAUAAAAUUGGCUACUGUGUCCAGUUAUACAACAUUGCCUUCAGAUAUAACGUUGACAGUUAUAUUUUAUUUUCUUAGUGUGCUAUUGAAAAUCUGAAAAAUACAGAGAUAAAGAAAUAUUUAAUGGUUUAUGUAGCCUAAGUUUGUAUUUACAACAUAGAAAGGAUUGUGUGUGCACAGACAUAAAAUUUAUGGAUGUUUUCGAUAAUAUCCCAAUUUUUAUAGUCAAAUAAGUGUAAGAUGAAAUGAACAUGGCUGACCUAUAUUAUUUUCUCUGAUAAUGGCGUAACCGAAGUUAUAAGUGAUCUUGACACAACAUGGGAGAUAACUCACUUGACAGAGACAAUUCUGAAAAUCAAGACAUUUUUGACAGCAGUGAGGAAGAGGUUAUCAUAGAGGAAUAUGAAACCUUCUACGUCCCUCAACAUUUACUAACCGAAGAUCAGAAUUACUCUGAAAAAUGUGACGUGAAAUCAUCAGCAACUCAUCUGGAACAAUCUGAACGAAACAAAUAUGACUGUGAUUUAAGAAAAGAGAAAGAGACUUCAAAAAUAAAAACCAUUACCAGAAUUGACGAGGAAACAGAAAAUGUAGUUAUUUUAAUACGACCAAGAAGGAGAUCUGUGUCUCCAACUGAAGACAAAACCAAAAGUUUUGGAAAUAUUUCUGAAUCUUGUGGAUGGACAGACAGUGAUGUACCAGAAAGCCAAACUUUAAAAAGGGAUUUAUGCACGACUUCUUCAGGAGAAUGUAAAUUUAAUGUUCAAGAUGAUAACACGAUUUCCUCUCAAACUUUAGAAAAUUAUAAAAAUGAGAAAAAUUCACAGAAAGAAACAUACUGUGAUAGAAAUAUUAAUGCCAAUACAGGACCAAACGGCAGCAAUUGUUCGAAUGGCAACUCAGAAACACCAGAAAAUUCCACCUUUUCAACAUUUGAGGAAAAUUCUCUCCAAGUAUCAGUGUUAAGUGAUUUAAAUGGAAAUGACAUUAUUACAAGUACUGAAGAAAAUUUACCUGACGACGAACUAACAUCUAAAUAUGAGAACCAAGGAGCAAGACCUAAAACUAUAGCCAACCUGGCAGCUUUAAAAGAAGACACUAUUGUGGUUGGAGAAAACGAGGUACAGUGUACAGUUAUGAGCAAGUCCUCUUCUAAACCUGGAAUUUCUAAAGAGGCAAAUGAAAAGGUGAAAAAGCUUAAAGAAAAUGGACACUAUGACAUUCUGGUAAAAAACUGUAACGUUCCUGACAAGAAAGGAGUAGUUAAUGAUAUGGUGAAUAGAUUGAACAUUGAUAAUUCAAAUCAAGAAAUAGACGAGGAUGACGUCCUUAUAUGGCAAUUAAUGAAAUCAUUAAAAGAAAGGUCAAACAAAAGUGAAAGUAGACACGAUAUAAAUCAGGAUAUAAACCCGUCAGAUUCGAGUCCUGAAGAUAAAUGUGACUGGUCAUAUGAAAAGGCUACGCUAAGUAAAGACAAAUAUUUAUCAAGGCGUUUACAAACAAAAGAAAUUGGACAAGUGAAAGUAAUAACUUUUAUGUCUCCUGCAAAAGAGAAAGGACAUGUUAAAAUUACUCCAUUGAAAGUUUCAAGGACACUCCCGUUUAAUGUCAAAAAUAUUUUUCAGCAAAAAAUGGAGGAAUUGAAAAACAAAAGACGCGUUUGCUUGACUGGAGGAAAAGAACUCAUUUUUACCACAGUAAAUAUUGAUGAUCCUUGUUAAGAAGGUCAGAUUUGAAAUAACACAAAAUUUAAAAUGUCUGAUACUAAAUACAACAAUACCUCUACCACAGACAAAAUGACUUCAAUAAAUCAUUUGAAAACUAGAACGAUUCGGUUUAUAUACUCAGUAAUGUCAGUUUGCAAUAUCAAGGCCAUGCCACCCUAUGCACGAUCUAUUAAUAAACAUUUUGUCAUUUG